GGCUGGGGCGCGCGCGCGCGAAGAUGGCGGCGGCCGCCGGCGGGCCGUGUGUGAGGAGCAGCAGGGAACUGUGGACAAUUCUGCUUGGAAGGUCUGCUCUGAGAGAGCUGAAUCAGAUUGAGGCAGAACUGAAUAAACAUUGGCAGCGGCUCUUAGAGGGGCUGUCCUACUAUAAACCUCCCAGUCCAAAUUCAGCUGAAAAAGUGAAAGCUAAUAAAGAUGUGGCUUCACCACUGAAGGAACUGGGUUUAAGAAUCAGCAAGUUUUUGGGUCUUGACGAAGAACAGAGUGUGCAGUUGCUCCAGUGUUACCUUCAAGAGGAUUAUAGAGGUACUCGGGACUCGCUAAAGACAGUACUGCAAGACGAGAGGCAGAGCCAGGCCUUGAUCCUGAAGAUUGCAGAUUAUUACUAUGAAGAAAGAACCUGUAUUCUUCGUUGUGUCCUACACCUUCUCACUUAUUUUCAAGAUGAAAGACACCCCUAUAGGGUUGAAUAUGCAGACUGUGUUGAUAAGUUGGAGAAGGAACUAGUUACAAAAUACAGACAGCAGUUCGAAGAGCUUUAUAAAACUGAAGCACCAACCUGGGAAACACAUGGAAACCUCAUGACUGAGCGCCAGGUAUCUCGCUGGUUUGUUCAGUGCCUUCGGGAACAGUCCAUGCUGCUGGAAAUUAUUUUCCUUUAUUACGCAUACUUUGAGAUGGCACCUAGUGACCUGUUGGCAUUAACCAAGAUGUUUAAAGAGCAAGGAUUUGGUAGCAGGCAGACCAACAGGCACCUGGUGGAGGAGACCAUGGACCCUUUCGUGGAUAGGAUUGGCUACUUCAGUGCCCUUAUCCUGGUGGAAGGCAUGGAUAUUGAAUCCUUGCAUAAGUGUGCUUUGGAUGACAGGAGGGAACUGCACCAGUUUGCCCAGGACGGGCUCAUUUGUCAGGAUAUGGACCGUUUGAUGUUGACCUUCGGGGACAUUCCACACCAUGCCCCAGUGCUUUUGGCCUGGGCUCUCCUCCGUCACACCCUGCAUCCAGAAGAGACCGGCAGCGUUGUCCGGAAGAUAGGCGGCACAGCCAUCCAGAUGAACGUAUUUCAGUACUUGACUCGACUGCUCCGCUCGCUGGCCAGUGGGGGAAAUGAUUGCACCACCAGCACUGCAUGCAUGUGUGUGUACGGACUGCUGUCUUUCGUCCUCACCUCGCUGGAGCUGCACACGCUGGGCAACCAGCAGGAUGUAAUUGACACAGCAUGUGAAGUCUUGGCAGACCCUUCUCUUCCGGAACUGUUCUGGGGAACAGAGCCAACCUCUGGGCUCGGGAUCAUUCUGGACAGUGUAUGUGGGAUGUUUCCUCAUCUCCUCUCCCCACUCCUGCAGUUGCUACGAGCCCUUGUAUCAGGGAAGUCCACAGCCAAAAAGGUGUAUAGUUUCUUGGAUAAGAUGUCUUUCUACAAUGAACUUUACAAGCACAAGCCCCACGAUGUGAUCUCCCAUGAAGAUGGAACUCUCUGGCGGAGGCAAACGUCAAAACUCCUAUACCCUCUUGGGGGUCAGACCAACCUUCGCAUUCCUCAGGGCACAGUAGGCCAAGUGGUGCUGGAUGACAGGGCUUACCUGGUGCGCUGGGAGUACUCUUAUAGUAGCUGGACCCUCUUUACCUGCGAGAUUGAAAUGCUAUUGCAUGUUGUUUCCACUGCAGAUGUGAUCCAGCACUGCCAGCGGGUCAGACCCAUCAUUGAUCUGGUCCAUAAGGUCAUCAGCACAGAUCUGUCCAUAGCAGACUGUCUGCUGCCCAUCACAUCCCGCAUCUACAUGCUGCUCCAGCGGCUAACGACAGUGAUCUCUCCACCGGUGGAUGUCAUUGCUUCUUGUGUCAAUUGCUUGACUGUUUUGGCUUCCCGGAACCCUGCAAAGGUCUGGACUGAUCUUCGUCACACAGGCUUUUUACCAUUCGUGGCCCACCAGGUCUCCAGCAUGAGUCAGAUGAUCAGUGCCGAGGGCAUGAAUGCUGGAGGGUACGGAAGCCUCUUGAUGAACAGUGAGCAGCCCCAGGGCGAGUAUGGGGUCACUGUUGCCUUUCUCCGUUUGAUCACCACACUUGUCAAGGGGCAGCUUGGGAGUACCCAGAGCCAAGGGCUGGCGCCCUGUGUCAUGUUUGUGCUGAAGGAGAUGCUUCCCGGCUACCACAAGUGGCGCUACAACACCCACGGUGUGAGGGAGCAGAUUGGUUGCCUGAUCCUGGAGCUGAUUCAUGCGAUACUGAACCUGUGCCACGAGGCAGACCUGCACAGCAGUCACAGCCCUAGCCUGCAGUCUGUCUGCAUCUGCAGCCUAGCCUACACAGAAGCGGGACAGACUGUCAUCAAUAUCAUGGGCAUCGGUGUGGACACCAUCGACAUGGUGAUGGCGGCUCAGCCCCGCAGCGAUGGGGCAGAGGGCCAGGGGCAGGGCCAGCUGCUGAUCAAGACAGUGAAACUGGCAUUCUCCAUCACCAACAAUGUUAUUCGGCUGAAACCUCCUUCUAAUGUGGUGUCCCCCCUGGAACAGGCUCUCACACAGCACGGUGCCCAUGGGAACAACCUCAUCGCCGUUCUUGCCAAGUACAUCUACCACAGACACGACCCUGCUUUGCCACGUCUUGCCAUCCAGCUGCUGAAGCGUCUGGCCACGGUGGCCCCAAUGUCAGUGUACGCCUGCCUGGGCAGCGACGCGGCUGCCAUUCGAGAUGCCUUCCUGACCCGACUGCAGAGCAAGAUUGAGGACAUGCGCAUCAAAGUCAUGAUUCUGGAGUUCCUCACGGUUGCAGUAGAGACUCAGCCGGGCCUCAUUGAACUCUUUCUGAAUCUGGAGGUGAAGGAUGGCAGUGAUGGCUCCAAGGAAUUCAGCCUUGGAGUGUGGAGCUGUCUCCAUGCGGUGCUGGAGCUGAUCGAUUCCCAGCAGCAGGACCGCUACUGGUGUCCACCCCUGCUGCAUCGAGCGGCCAUUGCCUUUCUGCACGCCCUGUGGCAGGACCGGCGGGACAGUGCCAUGCUGGUCCUCAGAACUAAACCCAAAUUUUGGGAGAAUUUAACCAGUCCACUGUUCGGAACCCUCUCUCCUCCCUCAGAAACCUCUGAGCCCAGUGUCCUGGAAACCUGUGCCCUCAUCAUGAAGAUAAUUUGCUUGGAGAUAUACUAUGUAGUUAAGGGCUCAUUAGAUCAGUCUUUAAAAGAUACACUUAAGAAAUUUUCCAGCGAGAAACGCUUUGCCUACUGGUCAGGAUACGUCAAGUCGUUGGCAGUUCACACAGCCGACACAGAGGGCAGCAGCUGCACGUCCCUGGUGGAGUAUCAGAUGCUGGUCUCCGCCUGGAGGAUGCUCCUCAUCAUCGCCACCAGUCACAGCGGUUUGUAUUUCCAGUGUGCUGGAAAGCCUUUGAAGGGUCUGAGAAGAGGGAUGUUGUCAGGAGGAGGAGGUGAACCUGACCUGAUUUUGGCCGUAUCUCAAGGUGGACAGAGAAACAGCUGGCCGGCAGAGGUAAUGCACCUGACUGAUUCUGCGGUGCGUCGCCAGCUCUUUCUUGAUGUGCUUGAUGGGACCAAGGCCUUACUGCUGGUCCCCACCUCCGUGACCUGCCUCCGCCUCGGCUCCAUGAUGUGCACUCUGCUGCUUAUCCUUCUCCGGCAGUGGAAGAGAGAGUUAGGUUCUGUGGAUGAAAUCCUUGUGCCCUUGACGGAGAUCCUAGAGGGAGUGCUACAGGCAGACCAGCAGCUCAUGGAGAAGACCAAGGCCAAGGUGUUCUCAGCAUUCAUCACAGUGUUGCAGAUGAAGGAGAUGAGAGUGAGUGACAUCCCCCAGUACUCCCAGCUGGUGCUGAAUGUCUGUGAGACCCUCCAGGAAGAGGUGAUUGCACUCUUCGACCAGACCCGCCAUAGUUUGGCAUCAGGUGGUGCCACAGAGGACAAGGACAGCAUGGAGACUGAUGACUGCUCGCGUCCCCGGCACAAGGACCAGCGUGAUGGGGUGUGUGUCCUGGGCCUGCACCUGGCCAAGGAGCUGUGCGAGGUGGACGAGGACGGCGACUCAUGGCUCCAGGUGACUCGCAGGCUCCCCAUCCUGCCAACCCUCUUCACCACUCUGGAGGUGAGCCUUCGCAUGAAGCAGAACCUGCAUUUCACUGAGGCAUCGCUGCAUCUGCUCCUCACUCUGGCUCGCACCCAGCAGGGAGCCACAGCAGUAGCUGGGGCUGGCAUCACCCAGAGCAUUUGUCUGCCCCUCCUGAGCGUGUACCAGCUUAGUUCCAAUGGGACGGUGCAGACACCUAGCACCUCCCGGAAGUCCCUGGAUGCCCCCUCUUGGCCGGGGGUCUACCGCCUGUCCAUGUCCUUGAUGGAGCGGCUCCUCAAAACCCUGCGCUAUAACUUCCUGACCGAGGCCCUGGACUUUGUGGGUGUUCACCAGGAGCGGACCUUACAGUGCCUCAGUGCGGUGAGGACGGUACAGAGUCUGGCCUGCCUGGAGGAGGCAGACCACACUGUGGGCUUCAUCCUGCAGCUCUCCAACUUCAUGAAAGAAUGGCACUUCCACCUGCCUCAGCUUCUGCGAGAUGUCCAGGUAAACCUGGGCUACCUGUGCCAGGCCUGCACCUCCCUCCUGCACAGCCGCAAGAUGCUGCAGCACUGCUUGCAGCACAAAAACGGGGAUGGCAUCCCCUCAGCUGUCACCCCCCGAGUUCAGCGGCUCCCCGCCGCCGCCGCCCCCUCCUGCUCUUCUUCCAAGCAGCCCGCUGCUGACACGGAGGCCUCGGAGCAGCGGGCCUUACACACGGUCCAGUACGGACUUCUCAAGAUCCUCAGCAGGACCCUGGCGGCCCUGCGCCACUUCACCCCGGACGUCUGCCAGAUCCUGCUGGAUCAGUCCCUGGACCUUGCUGAAUACAACUUCCUCUUUGCCCUGAGCUUCACCACUCCCACCUUUGACUCAGAAGUGGCCCCCUCCUUCGGGACUCUGCUGGCCACAGUGAACGUGGCCCUAAACAUGCUUGGAGAGCUGGACAAGAAGAAAGAGCCCCUCACCCAGGCUGUGGGGCUCAGCACACAGGCAGAAGGGACCAGAACACUGAAGUCCCUCCUGAUGUUCACCAUGGAAAACUGCUUCUACCUGCUCAUCUCCCAGGCCGUGCGCUACCUUAGGGACCCGGCUGUGCACCCCCGGGACAAACAGCGGAUGAAACAGGAGCUCAGCUCGGAGUUGAGCACGCUGCUCUCCAGCCUCUCGCGCUAUUUCCGCCGGGGAGGCCCCAGCUCCCCUGCUGCCGGCGUCCUCCCCUCGCCUCAGGGCAAGUCCACCUCGCUCUCCAAGGGCAGCCCGGAGAGCCAGGAGCCUCUGAUCCAGCUAGUGCAGGCCUUCGUGCGGCACGUGCAAAGAUAGGGCCUCCCCCACCCCGCCCUGACCCGGCAGGCAGCCUGCACCGCGGUCCCGGACAGUGGGGGUGCUGCCAGCCGGCCCUGUGGCCUGUGUGGACUGAGAGCAGCAUCUGUCCCCUCCCCAAGGGCAGUCACGACUCCAGCUGCCCACCCGCUGGCAUUAUUUUUAUAAUAGAUCAAGAGGCCCACAGCCAGGUGGGAGCCAUGAGUCUGCUGCGCUCACACCCUCAAGUUCAAAAUGUCCCAGGGGUGUGGUCCUUCCUUUACGCAUUCCCCCUUGCACCUGACCCCGGCCCAGCAGAGGCCAGGAGCCGGUGUCCCGUGCAACCAGGAAAGGCUGUGUGCACGGCUCUGAAAAUGUUUUCCAUGUUCUGUUCUUGCAGUUUUUGGUAAUACUGUGGUCUAUUUAUACAAAUAUUAAAAUACUGUUUAUAGA